CAGAUUUGACAGAGAGAAAAAUCACGAGAUGUCUACAUCUCUAACCACAAAAUCUAUCGACCUCUGAAGUGCAAAAUGAUUUCAUGACUAUAUCACUGAAUCAGAUUCGCUCUUAGCAUCGUACCGAAUGAGCCACAACGAUUUUAUCAGACUUCGAAUUUUGCGAUCGGUAGCGAUGGGGGCCAUAAUCUUCUGUGCUCCAACGUAAUGCUCCACGACCUGCGGACAAAGUUCGAUUCAUCGCUCUCACUCAGAAGAAGAAGGGGAGGCUGUGGCUAUGGCGGCGUCUGCAGCUGUGGCCCGACAGACCGGCCGCUCGCUCGUCUCUCGUCUCGGGAAUGCAGCUGACUCCGAAUGCCGUUCCCGAGGCUGAAACGCAUGUGCGAUCCGGCACUGUGGAUCUGGAGCACGAGCGAGCAGGAGAAGAUCGAGCCUCUUUGUUUUCUUGCACUCGUGCUGCGCUCGAGAUGGCCAUACUGUACCUGCUCCUGUCUGUCGUUCACUGUCCGACCUCCGGCUUUGUCGGAUUUGCUCUCGACUGGCGGCCGAACUCAUCAAUUUUGAGAUUUCGAUUUCUGGAAGGAGUGGUAGCCGAAACCGAAGGCAUUGACUAUCUUCAUUCUGGAAGUGAUGAUUAUGAAGAGGAACGGAUUAUGGUUUUUGGAAAUCGCUCACGUCUUGACCUGUCUCACAAAGAAUCUGAUUUUUUAACAGUUUUUUUUUUGUCCGUCUUUGUUUCGCCACGCAUUUCGAGUCUGGACUGACAUUGGUGGCAGAGCAACUCCGAGGGUGAGAGAUUUAAGCUGCUCCCUUGAUGAUUUACUCAGUUUUUUAAUAGAACAAGGCUCUUGAUGAAGGCGAAGUAUCCAACUGCGAGCUGAGGUGCUCAUGAACCACAGCAAUGUGGCUCUGCGGGAUUUGAGAUGAACUAGCUCUCGAUGUGAAGGGUAAUCAAUGAGUUUGAAGGCUGAAACUCGAAGUUCUCGGCGACGUGCGAGCGCACUCUUUACUCAGUCUCUUGCAUUGAACUCAUACCCCGUGACUGUCAAUGGCAAUUGAAUGUUGGUUCUAGUUCAUUUCAGAUAGAUGUGCUGCCUUUGAAGUUGUAAACAGCUCAGAGGGCUCAUGGGACCAAUGCUCGGCUCUUGAAUUAUUUCGGUAUUCAUAGUUCUUCUGCGCAACUACUGAACCGUGCAUCAUGGGAGAUCACAUCUCCUAAAUUUGUGGUCUUACAGUUCGAAGAGAUGUGAUUUCCCAUGGGCGGUCAGAAGAGUAAUGGAUGUAGGAUAAAUUAGCAUCUGUUUAAAAUGCGACCUUCAGAAUGCGGACUGUCAUUGAUCAGUUUCAGUCUCAUAGUUCCAGCAAAGGGCGACAGAUAAGAACCCAAGGAAUGGCAAGUACUCAAAACUCACAGCGCACAGUAAUUGUGCGUGACACCUCUUCGUGCAGACAAGCUUUACGACUCGCGGUAGAUUUGGCCCCGUGCCGUUCAGAAGUUCUGAUAUUCGAAUGUCGGAUACCACCUCUUUGAUAAUAUAAACAUAUUCGUUAGAUGGAAGUCUAUCGACUGCAGAAAAACC